AAGAAACGCAUGGAUUCCCGUGUGCGUUGACCAGAACAACAACUCAAAGGCUGUCGAAGUGAAUCGAAGGCUUCCACGCUCCUCGCCGCUGACUUUCUGACUCGACGGCCUCGACGGCUGAUCAGACGUCGCAGAGCGCAUCCCACCGCUAUGCGUCGCAGCCUCUGGGCUUUGGCGAAGAAGGCGCCCAAGCAGAUCAUGUCUGUGAGUGAAACCGCCGCGGAGCGGAUCAAGACGCUGAUGAAGAGCAAAGGAGAGGAAGUGGUCGGGGUCAAGAUCGGGCUGCGGAGGCGAGGGUGUAAUGGGCUGACGUACACGAUGAAUUACACCAACAAGGAGGACAUCAAGAAGGGCGACGAGGUGGUUGAGGACAAGGGGGUGACGGUGGUGGUGGACGCCAAGGCUGUCAUGUUCCUCGUCGGCACUCAGAUGAACUUCGUGGAGACCGACAUCGGCUCAGAAUUCGUCUUCGACAACCCUAACAAGAAGUCCGAAUGUGGCUGUGGACAGAGCUUCAACGUCUGAAGGAAGACCACAGACAGACAGCUGGCCAGGCCGCUGUGGCAAUCAGCCGGACGCUCUGCAACCACACGUGUACGCUAUUUGCUGAUGACAGCGUCGGAUUUGGGAACAGCCAGCCGCGGCAUUUAUCGUUGCCUUGGCUUGUCAGUCGCCCUGCCCCCCUUGGACGGACAGCUCUUUUUCUCGGCUCUCGAGUGAUGUCAUGUCUGGGUCCACCGCCCCCUUUGCUGUCGAUAAUCCCGGGUGGAGUGACAAGACACACUGGGCAGGGGAGAGGCGAGAGUCGCAUGGUGGAGUGUGGCUUGCUGUUGAUGGUACGUAACGUACGCAUCUGCGCAUGAGUGAGUGUGAGCGAGGUGGUUUUUCUCGUAGUGAAUGGACGGACGCAUGGACGGGUGAGGGCUCAUAUUUGUGAGACCAUUGACCGAUUCUUCGGUUGGUCGAGACAACGGUAGUAUGUGUGUGUGUGUGUGCAUGAGUAUGGUGACGGGAUGGGUAGCUGACUGAUAAUUGAGUUUUUGAAGCAAG